UCCGCCUCGCAGCGACCUCCCGGUCCUUACGGAGGCCAAGCCAAGAUGGCCGCCGUCGGGGCGUCGGGCGGCUCGACGGCGACGGCGGGCAACGGGGGCGGAGCGCAGGCUUCAUCCUCCUCCUCCUCCGCUGCGACCACCACGACGGCUCCGGCGUCUUCCUCCACUCCUUCGUUGUCCUCCGCAGCCGGGGGAGCAGCAGCAGCUUCAGCCGCCUCGUCCGUAGCAGGACCCCAGCCCGCGGUGGGAGGAAGUGCCGGGCCCGGCUCGGGGGCGGCGCAACAGGCGGUGGUGCCCGGCGGGGCUGAGGCCACGGCAGGAGGGGGCGGCGGCGGCUCCGCUGGUUCCUCGUCGUCGGCGUCCUCCUCGUCCGGGGCCGGCGGCGCUCCGGUGUCGUCGGGGGCGUCCGAGUCGUGGUACGUGGCGCUGCUGGGCUUGGCCGAGCACUUCCGCACCUCUAGCCCGCCCAAGGUGCGGCUCUGCGUCCAUUGCCUCCAGGCCGUGCUGCCCCGCAAGCCCCCCGCUCGGGUCGAAGCCCGCACCCACCUCCAGCUCGGCUCCGUCCUCUACCACCACACGCGCAACGGAGAGCAGGCCCGCGGGCAUCUGGAGAAAGCGUGGCUGAUAUCACAACAAAUUCCGCAGUUCGAGGAUGUCAAAUUUGAAGCUGCCAGCCUCCUGUCUGAGUUGUACUGUCAAGAGAAUUCUGUUGACACAGCAAAGCCCCUGCUGCGUAAAGCCAUCCAGAUUUCACAACAGACUCCUUACUGGCACUGUCGCCUUCUUUUUCAGCUUGCGCAACUUCACACGCUUGAGAAAGAUCUGGUAUCCGCCUGUGACCUUUUGGGAGUUGGAGCAGAAUACGCCCGCGUGGUAGGAUCAGAAUAUACAAGAGCACUGUUUCUACUAAGCAAAGGCAUGCUGCUCCUCAUGGAGAGGAAACUGCAGGAGGUGCAUCCGCUGCUUACGCUGUGCGGGCAGAUCGUUGAGAACUGGCAAGGGAAUCCCAUCCAGAAAGAGUCAUUGCGGGUCUUCUUCUUGGUCCUCCAGGUGACGCAUUACCUGGAUGCUGGUCAGGUGAAGAGUGUCAAGCCAUGUCUAAAGCAGCUGCAGCAAUGCAUCCAGACCAUCUCAACUCUUCACGAUGAUGAGAUCCUGCCCAGCAACCCUGCAGACCUCUUCCAUUGGCUGCCCAAGGAGCACAUGUGUGUGCUGGUUUACCUGGUGACUGUGAUGCAUUCGAUGCAGGCUGGAUAUUUGGAGAAGGCCCAGAAAUACACCGACAAAGCCCUGAUGCAACUAGAAAAACUCAAAAUGCUCGACUGCAGCCCCAUCUUAUCAUCUUUCCAAGUCAUCUUGUUGGAACAUAUCAUCAUGUGCCGGCUGGUCACAGGGCACAAAGCUACAGCCCUGCAAGAGAUUUCACAGGUAUGCCAGCUCUGUCAGCAAUCUCCCAGGCUGUUCUCUAAUCAUGCUGCUCAGUUACAUGCUCUUCUGGGGCUGUACUGCAUUUCUGUGAACUGCAUGGACAACGCAGAAGCGCAGUUUACCACAGCACUUCGGCUCACCACCCAUCAGGAAUUGUGGGCUUUUAUCGUGACGAACUUGGCAAGUGUCUAUAUCAGGGAAGGAAACCGGCAUCAAGAGCUUUAUAGCUUACUGGAAAGAAUAAACCCAGACCACAAUUUUCCGGUGAGCUCUCACUGUCUUCGAGCUGCUGCUUUCUACAUCCGAGGGCUGUUCUCCUUCUUUCAAGGAAGGUACAACGAAGCCAAACGUUUUUUACGAGAGACACUAAAAAUGUCAAAUGCAGAAGAUCUAAACCGAUUAACAGCAUGCUCUCUUGUUCUUCUGGGUCACAUCUUCUACGUGUUAGGGAAUCACAGGGAGAGUAACAACAUGGUAGUCCCAGCCAUGCAGCUGGCCAGCAAGAUCCCUGACAUGUCUGUGCAGCUAUGGUCAUCAGCCCUCCUGAGAGACUUAAACAAAGCAUGUGGGAAUGCCAUCGACGCCCAUGAAGCAGCGCAAAUGCAUCAGAACUUUUCCCAGCAACUGCUCCAGGACCACAUCGAGGCCUGUAGUCUCCCAGAGCACAACCUUAUCACCUGGACAGAUGGGCCCCCACCAGUACAGUUCCAGGCACAAAAUGGACCUACCACCAGCCUGGCCAGUCUAUUGUGAACCUACUAUCUUCACUUGGGAAGAAGAUGGAAAUCAUUUUGUACACUCAGCUUUUUUUUUUAACAAAAAAAGAUGGGCAGCGAACACUUCUCCAAGCCCUCUAGGAGAUGGCAUUGAGGUUACCUUUCUUAGACCCACAAUUUGGCAUGGCCUUUCUGAGCUCUUUUUUAAGAUUGGUGUGUGUGUGUGUGUGUGUGUGUGUGUGUGUGAGAGAGAGAGAGACCUAGGUCGCAGGGAUGUCUAUGUAAGUAAACACACAGGGUUGUUAAGAGGCAGCCCUUCCUAUUUCUCAGAAUUUGGAUUUGUAUGACGUGGAUAAAACAAGGGCCCCUUCAAAUAAGAUUUAUUUAAAAGAGAAAGAAUAAAAGAAAUCAACCCAUAUAAUAAAGGUAUAGGGAGGUUGGGAUGGAAGAGAGAAAGCCAGGCCUGCUUCCUUGCUAAUUAAAACUGCCCCUGAAAAUGCCAUGUGCCUAUAUUUUUAUGAAGGCUCUAUUGCCCUGGCAUAGCUGGCCGGAGAAUUCUGGGAAUUGAAGUCCACACAUCAUAAAAUUACUAAGGUUGGCAAACAUUGCCCCAUUUGCUUGCUGUAUGGAAAGAACACAGCAAAUUGGCUACGUAAACUUUUUGAGGUGUUACCUUCCUUACGUCACUUUAGGGAACUUGGGCUCUGCAUUCUUCAGGAUUAUGAGAAUUCAUAUUGGAGCAAAGCUUAUGCUAAUCAGCCUCUGUCAGUGUUUAAAGUGCCUGUUCGGACGCGUAAAAGGUGCAUGUUUUUUCUCCAGGGUAAUCCUUUGGUUUUUCCUCAAGACAUAUUGUCUGUUUGGGUAAAAUCAUGAUUUUUCAUUUUUUUCCCCCUUUUUGGGAAGGCGACUUCACCGCUCUCUUCAAUUCUUGAGUCAUGAAGGUCUUUGGAAAUGAGGACAAAUGGCAGCUUAGAAAAACAGCCGGCCUUAUGUGGAUUUAUGUGAUUUCUUUGAGAUAGGCUACAUUCUGGUCUUCCAAGACUCUUAAUUAGAAUGUAGAGAGUUGUAUCAAAUGCAGAAUUCAGCUUCUGAGAAUCUCGGCAUUCAAGAUCUUUUAAUGAGAAAGCUUUUAGCCCCAAUACAGGGGUAGGCAACUUUGGUUCUUUUAUGACUCGUGGACUUCAACUCCCAGAAUUCCUGAGCCAGCCAUGCUGAGGGAAAAGGGAGAGGUUUCCAAGCUGAGCCAUGCUGGCUCAGGAAUUCUGGGAGUUGAAGUCCACGAGUCAUAAAAGAGCCAAAGUGCCUACCCCUGUGGCCUUGUAGCUGCAAAGAUACACUUGAAAGGAUAUGGGACAUAACUUCCCACAUCACGGACUCAAAAUGGGAAGCUUAAACAAGUUUUCCAAUUGUUGGGGUAGAAAUUCUGCGCCCUUAGCCUUCCCGUGGCUAGCAAAAUGAUCAUGUAUUAUGCAAAGUACCUAAUUUGGAAUGAUUAUGCAAAACAAUUAUGCAAAUGACUGCAUAAAUCAUGUUACACUAGAAUCCAGCUUUUCCAACUACUUUUUUUUUAUUACUUUAUUUUAAGGCAGGGACGCAACCCUGCUUCUAGUGUGGUGUGUGGCGUGUGAGUUUUAAAAGGAAAUAGUUUUAUCUUGUUACUAGUUUCAGUGAGUUCUUAUGGAUUUUUUUAGCACUAUUUAUCAUCCAGAAGCUAUAACCAAUAUCCCCUUAAUCAUGUGCUCUUGCUACUUUCAAGAACAAUGCAACCCAGUUCGUUUCUGAUCUAGGUUGAUGUGUAAAAAGAAAAGUUGUUUGUAAUGUACUGGGAGAGAAAUAGGGGAAGGAAAGUACAGGAUAAGUAGUAACUAAAAGAAUUGAAAGAGGAGGAGAUGGUAUUCUUAAACUUUAAUUUUGUCUACUAUUUGGAAUGUAGGUCUGUUUAUAGCAUUCCUUAACAGAUCCUGGCAAAAGGCAGUUCCCACCCCUCUUUUUCCUUUUCCUUCAGAGAAUAUUAACAAAUGCUUGUUAUUUCAUGUCAGCACAGACUUAACAUUUACUUACUCCUGAAGAAAUACAUUGUGUGUGAUUUGGAUCUUAAAAAAAAACCUGCAAGGGCCCCUCUCACAUCUAUUUAGGGUUUUAAAAAAACCCUCUGGAGUGCCAAAAAUGUAGGGUUGGGGUUGGUAGGGAAGGUGUCGAGAAGCAGUUAGAUCUGUACAAUUAUUUACCCUUUUGGACGAGCUGAUUCUCCCAAUUUUCCCACUGCAUCUUUAAACUAGAUAUAAAUAAAUCUUGAGUCGGAAGGCUAGAAGCUUAAUUUUUUUUUUUUUUGACAAAUCUUGGAUGAAAAUGGGUUUAUUCCUCCAGUCCGUAAUUCAGGGAUGUCUGUUGUCCAUAUUCCUAGGCUCGCUUCUCUAUGUAUAGUUGAGGGACAAAAAGCUAUAUAUUUUCCAAUUAACAGGUUUUUUUUUUUCCCCUCUUCCUAAGCAGUGUUCAGCCUCCAGAAAAGAAAUCCUAGUGCAUAUGCAAUCAAGGUUCGUAUUUAGAAAAGACUCUCUUUCCUAUAUAAAACCAAAAAAUAAAAAAUAUUUCUUACUGUAAAGAUGCAAGACGCGCAUCCUUACAAACUAACCUGGACAGACCUAAGAGGCCCGAUAGAUUAAAUCUAGCUUUCAGGAUGCUAGCAGGCUGUCCUUGUUCAAAUACACAUACCUCAUUUCCUUCUCAGCCCCUUCCCAAAGAAUAUACCCCUGGAUAUACGCUGUCCCAUCAUCUUAGAAAUCUGCAUUUUGGCUCAUAGAGGGUGGGCAAUUAGAUCACUGAACUUGUGAUUUUGCACAGUUGAAAUGUGGAGUCUGCCAACGCGUGUGUGAGUUCUUGCUGUUCACACUUCUGAAACACCUGCAGCUGUUAAUUAACACUCUUUAUGAAACAGUUCUUUUUAUGUACUUAAAAUGUGUUUUAGUAAAUUUGUACAGUUUUGUCUUUUAGCCUUUUUUCCAAAAAGUGUUUAAUCUUUCUUAAUAAUAUGUAAACAUAAAAAAAAUGUACAGGGGGA